UUCACAAGAUGCAGCUUCUGUUAUGCUCCGACUGACUGUGGGUGGCAGUAUAGCAACAGUUUGCUUGAUCGUGAAGUCUGAGCCGACGAAGCAAAGUCAAGUAGCAAAGAUGGCGGUAUCGGUGUUUCCCUGUGUGCGAUUGCGGUCCAUCGGGGACGUGAACGGAGAGAUCCAGCGACACUCCGAGCAACAGCCCCUGAGGUUGGAGGUCAAAAGCACCCCAGACACGGCUCUCCUAAAUCUCUCCAAUAGCGAUGAGACCUCAGUCUUCAAGUGUUCGUUGUCCAGGGAAACGGAAUGCAGUCGUGUGGGGAAACAGUCAUUCAUCAUCACACUGGGCUGCAACAGUGUCCUGCUACAGUUCUCCACACCUGCAGAGUUUACUUCCUUCUAUAACAUUCUGAAGAGUUGCCGGGGCCACAAUGCAGAACACUCCGUCUUCAGUGACCGGACGGAAGAGUCCUCUGCUGUGCAAUACUUUCAGUUCUAUGGCUAUCUCUCUCAGCAGCAGAACAUGAUGCAGGACUAUGUUCGGACCGGAACCUACCAACGUGCCAUCCUUCAGAACCAUGCUGACUUUAAGGACAAGGUGGUGUUAGAUGUGGGCUGUGGUUCAGGUAUUCUGUCGUUCUUUGCGGCGCAGGCCGGAGCCAGGAAGGUCUACGCUGUGGAGGCUAGCACCAUGGCCCAGCACGCAGAGGUGCUGGUAAACUCCAACGGAAUGGGGGAUCGUGUGGUGGUGAUAGCUGGGAAGGUGGAGGAGAUCUCUCUACCAGAGCAGGUGGACAUCAUCAUCUCUGAACCCAUGGGAUACAUGCUCUUCAACGAGAGAAUGCUGGAGAGUUACCUACACGCCAAGAAGUUCCUCAAGCCCAACGGUAACAUGUUCCCCACUUUAGGUGACGUCCACCUGGCUCCCUUCACAGACGAACAGUUAUACAUGGAACAGUUCACCAAGGCCAACUUCUGGUAUCAGCCAUCUUUCCAUGGUGUUGAUCUGUCAUCACUGAGAGAAGCUGCAGUAGACGAGUAUUUCAGACAACCCAUUGUGGACACCUUUGAUAUCCGUAUCCUCAUGUCCAAGUCUGUCAAAUACACCGUCAACUUCCUGGACGCAAAAGAGGGGGAUCUGCACAGGAUGGAGAUUCCCUUUAAGUUCCACAUGAUGACAUCAGGUCUGGUCCAUGGUCUGGCCUUCUGGUUCGACGUGGCUUUCAUCGGCUCAGCGGUAACAGUGUGGCUCUCCACCUCCCCUACGGAGCCUCUGACCCACUGGUACCAGGUCCGCUGUCUGCUCCAGUCCCCUCUCUUCACCAAGGCAGGAGACACCCUGUCUGGCACUGCAACGCUCAUUGCCAACAAGAGACAGAGCUAUGACAUCAGUAUGGUGGCCCAGGUGGACCAGACAGGAAGCAAGUCCAGCAACCUGCUGGAUCUCAAAAACCCCUUCUUCAGGUACACAGGCAGCACGUCAGCCCCGCCCCCAGGCUCUCACUACUCCUCCCCCUCAGAGAACAUGUGGAGCAAUGGAGGAGUCUACAACAUGAACCAGGGAGGGAUGCCUGCGGUGUAUGACCUGAGUACAGUCAUUGGUGGCGGUGGCUCCACCGUGUCCCACAACAAUCUCAUCCCUCUUGUGAACACAGGGGUAGUGAACCAUACAUCUUCUAGAGUUGGGUCUAUCAUGAGUACAGGCGUGGGCCAGGGAGUGGCAACUGGCCAAUCGGGGCCCGGCAACAGUCCUCAAUACCCAAUCAACAACAGCCAGUUCACCAUGGGCGGGCCUUCCAUCUCCAUGUCGUCUCCCAUGGCGAUGCCUAGCAACACUAUGCACUACGGGAGCUAAGACCUACCAACCGUCCGUAGCUCCCCUCCUCUCCCCUCCUUCCUCCCCUUCUCUGGACCUCCAACAGCUGGAAGGAAACCAAACUGGACUGAUAAUUUGGACGUCCCUCUCCUCCCUUCAUCCCUCCGUUCUCUGGGUCCUGAUCUCUCAGGCCCAGUCCAGAAUCAACUAGACGCUGAAAGGUUUAGGGUUGUCAAAUGUCCAGGUUUUCCAGAAAUUCUGGUUGGAGGAUUUCUGAAGUCCUACUUAUUCCGUCUGGAUUGCAACCGUUGAUAGGUUUAAGUAAUGUUGCCUAAACAUAUCCUUUUGUCUCAACACCAUUCUGAGGCAGACUGAAAGGUGUGUGCUUGUAACCAUUAUGUUUAAUGUAUCCACAGCCCACAUAGAAACAUUUAGAAGGAUCUUAUGUACUUACUGUGGCUAUAGGGGUUUAGAAACGUACACACACAGUUGUAUUAUACACACACACACACACAGAGCCUCCUGCAGGACAGAAAUGACUUUGAGCUUCUGUGAAGUUUUACCAAUCACUUCCCUCUUCCCCAGCCCGUCGCUUUUGACCCAACGUCCCGAUCAAUAAAUUCUUGAAUCCUAACCUUUCA